CAGUUGGUUUCGUCUGUUGCCGUUGUGUGUCGGUGUUCUUCCUGAAAAGACACUCGCAUUGAAGCCGCUGCUGUCGCCGCAGAGAGGUCGGUAGGUUAAGUGUCACAAACAUCCAUUUUGACAGCUCUGGUAGAUCUUCUCAGUCUGCACUCGCAUGGCCGUGAACCGUCCGCUCUCAGAUUAAACCCAGUGUGCUUCGCUUCAGAACUUCGUCCUUUUAGAUGCCGCUCAGCCUUUGCAAAUGGCUUGCUGUCUGAAGGACGAGCUCCUCUGUUCCAUCUGCCUCAGCAUCUAUCAGGACCCCGUCAGCUUCGGCUGCGAGCAUUACUUCUGCAGGAAGUGCAUCACCGAGCACUGGAGCAGGCAGGAGCCACACGGUGCGCGGGACUGCCCCGAGUGCCGCCGGACCUUCGCCGAUCCGCUGCUGUCGCCGAGCCUCAAGCUGUCCAACAUUGUGGAACGCUACUCGGCCUUCCCGCUCGACGCGAUCCUGAACGCGCAGAGGAGCUCCUACCCCUGCAAGGACCACGAGAAGGUCAAGCUCUUCUGCCUGACAGACAAAAGCCUGGUGUGCUUCUUCUGUGACGAGCCGGCGCUUCACGAGCAGCACCAGGUGACCACCAUUGACGAGGCGUUCGAGGAGAUUCAGAGGGAGAUGAAGGAGCAGCUGGCUUUGCUGCAGGACAGCGAGAAGGGACACUCCGAGGCCCUCCAUCUCCUGCGGAGACAACUCACAGAGACCAAGUCUUCAGCCAAGAGUCUUCGUGCAACCAUCGGCGACGCGUUCGAGCGGCUUCACCGCUUCCUCCGAGAGCGCCAGAAGAGCAUGCUGGAGGAGCUGGAGAUGGACACGGCCCGCAAGCUGGCCGACAUCGAGCAGAAGAUCCAGUGCUACAGCCAGCAGCUGCGCGACGUCAAGGAGGGCAUCCAGAUCCUGCAGGAGCGCCUCAGCGAGACGGGCCACCACGACUUCCUGGAGGGCGUGGCCAUCACAUCCGAGAGGGUUAAAGGGAAGAUACAUGAGACCAAUCUGACUUAUGAGGACUUCCCAACGUCCAAGUACAUGGGGCCCCUGCAGUACACAAUCUGGAAAUCACUCUUCCAAGACAUUUCACCAGUGCCAGGAGCCCUGACCCUUGACCCCAUCACAGCCCAUCAAAGACUGAUCCUCUCAGACGAUUCCACCAUCGUGGCGUACGGGAAUCUCCACCCGCAGCCUCUGCAGGACUCCCCGAGGCGCUUCGACGUGGAGGUCUCCGUCCUGGGCGCCGAGGGCUUCAUAUCGGGCGUCCACUACUGGGAGGUGAUGGUGUCGGAGAAGACGCAGUGGAUGAUCGGCGUGGCCAACGAGACGGUGAGCCGCAAGGGCAGCAUCCAGAUCCAGCCCAGCCGCGGCUUCUACUGCAUCGUGAUGCACGACGGCAACCAGUACAGCGCCUGCACCGAGCCCUGGACGCGCCUCAACGUCAAGAGCAAGCUGGAGAAGGUGGGUGUGUUCCUGGACUACCCGAAAGGCCUGCUCAUCUUCUACAACGCAGACGACAUGUCCUGGCUCUACACAUACCGAGAGAAAUUCACCUCAAAGGUCUUCCCUUAUUUCAGCCCCGGCCAGAGCCACGCCAACGGCAAGAACGUGCAGCCGCUGCGCAUCAACACCGUGCGGCUUUAAGGGGAAACGAUGACCAAACAGAUGAUUAAAUCAUAGGUGACAGAAAUGUUUAAAAAUGUAUAUUGGGGGUGUUAAAGUUUUUUGUUUUUUUUCUUAGUUCUGUCAAGAAUCAUGCUUUCCGAAAUGUUUAUUUUUUAAGAACCUUAAAGUCGUCGUUUGCACUUGGACCUCAUUGAGCAUCCUGUUGGGAACAAAGAUGACACUAAGUGGAGAAACUAAGUGGGCUUUGACAGACGGAGAUGAAGAACAGGCCCAACUCACACUCCCAGGCGAAUCGCUCUCACUAUAAACUCACGCCUGUCAGGCUCGAUGUCGCCUGUUUGUUUCUAAACAAGUGCACCAGUGAAAAACAGCCACUUGUCUUCUUCUAUACUGUUGGCUUCCGGUGCUGGAUGUGAUUGACGGGACUCCUAUUUGUUUUCUCUGUUUUUCAGAUUGUGACUCAUUCGUGUCAAGUGUUCUGGUAUCUUGGAGUUGUUGCUGUUUUGUUUUUUAAUAAGUUAAUUUGUGGAUUUUGGCUUCAGAAAAGCCUUAAAUAAGAGAGUAUCAUUUUUGUUUUGGACUAUUAUGUUUCUCUGUGUAGUCCGUCAUUGUGAAGAAAACCUGUGUGUGUGUGUGUGUGUGUGUGUGUUCUGUCUGUUUUAUUUCUAAACACUUAAGAGCAGAAGAGCACUACUUGCAGUGUCUUGCAAAAGUAUUCACACUUCUUGAAUUUUUUCUCACAUUACAACCAUAAGUUCAAUGUAUUUUAUGUGGCUGAUCGACACAAAGUGAGUUUGAGCUUGUUAAGUACAGUCUCUGAAAAGUGUGGCAUGCAUUUGUAGUUGGCCCCUUUUCUUUGCAAAACAGGUCAAGCUCAGACUGGAUGGAGAACUGGAUGAAGAUUUAACAUAGAUUGUCCACUAGAUUUAAGUCUGAACUUUGACUAGGCCAUUGCUUGGUUCUGGUUUUCUUCUUGCCAGUCUUCCAUAAAAGCCACAUUUGAGAAGAAUUUAAGUGACAGAUUCUUCCACCUGAGCUAUGAAUCUCCACAGACCUUCCAGAGUUGCCUUUUCAUCAUUUCUGAGGGUAAAUAGUUGCACUGGUUUUAUUUGUAAAGUGUUUAAGAGGGGUAAAAACAAAUGCUUGCUCCACGUUUGUGUGUAAAAACCAUAGAAACUCUUCAUCAUUCUACUUGUACAUCAUAAUUAUGCACUGCUCUCUCUUGCUUUCACAUCAUAACAUAAAAUGUUGGCUGUAACUUCAUAAAACAUGGCUGCAUCGGGGGUGUGAAUAAUUUUCUAAUGCAUUGUGCUCAGUAGGUAAUUUUAAAAAGGCAGGACAUUGCUUAGGCAAAUGCUGCUAUUGGUGAAGCAAGGACCUUCUAGUUUGUAUAUAAAGUAAAAAGGAGGAAGUCUCCAGUGGAGUUGUUCAUAUUUAAGUUCCUGUCCUCUUCCUGAGAUGUCCACAUGUUUCUUCCCUCAUCUUGUCUUAAUAUUACAUGGAUAUUAAAUUAAGUAAAUAUUGAUUCUUGUUGUCGAGGGAGGUGUGAGGAGAGUGCCACAGAGAACCAGUGUCCUCUUCUAUUAAUUCACCUCAUUUGUUAGAUGAAAUUGAGCUGAAUGUUUGGAGAAGAGGCAGUGGGCGGGUGAGUUAUGUGCUGGUGUUGCAUGAUAAUAAAAAUCACAGAUCAUUCCUUUUGAGGCUCGGUCAUGUUCAUUUCUGUCCCACGUGCCUCACGUGCUCUUGUUUCAUCGUUAGUCACCCACAAGUCCUGCUGUCUGGGGUCGCAAAUCCAACUUUGGCUGUCGCUAAUGAAGCUGAAGCCCAGGCAAUGGAAAAAGAUAGUAGUAAUUGCACAAUUCUUCAAGAUCAAGUUGAUCUCAACCAACAAAUAAUGAAACAAAAGCAGCAGCCUUCCUUUGCUACUGUAUUCUUUAUUUUUGCAUUUGUGCGUGUGUCGUCUUUGUUGGUUUAUAAAGUAAAAAUUGGGGCAGUGCCCUCACUUCGGUAGGAAAUGAUUCUGGUAUGUGCCGUAGAAUGUGAGUCGAGCUGCGAGUCGGUGGCUGUUUUAACAUGCACAGAUCUGCAGGAGUCUCUGAUGAUCCUUAAAUUAUGAGUCAUUUUUGCAGAGCAACACCUGUAUCUGCUUGUUACCCACAAAAAGCCUGCUGUUCGGUUUAUUUUAAGGUUUUAGGCUGAAGUUCCAGACACUAUCGAGAGCUUUCUGAUGUUUUGGUCUAAAGUGGAUCUUGACAUGCAGGAUUAAAGAGAAUUUGACUCCAGAUUGUUUUGUUGCAUUCGGUGGAAAUAUUACAACUAAUAGGAGUUGUGUUGGGUCAAUGUUGAAUCUAUUGGUAAAAUAUAUAUAUAUUAUGCUCAUAACUAUGACACUUUAUAUGGAUAUAAUGAUGACUGUGUCUUUUGAUGAUGGCCUCUUCGCACCUGUUGUGUUUUAAAAAAAAAACACUUCAGUGGGCUUUUGCUGCUGGAGGAUUGUGGGAAAUGUUUUAAUGUACAAUAAACCACUAUAAAAACCUGA